AUGUCUGAUCUUGCUGCCGCCUACCAGGCUCUACAAAGUGAACUAGAAGUGUUAGUGAUUGCUAGACAGAAACUGGAAACUCAAUUGCAAGAAAAUAAAAUUGUUAGUGAAGAGUUUAGUGAACUGAAGGAGGACACCCAAGUGUACAAGCUGACUGGUAACGUCUUAUUACCAGUGGAACAAUCUGAAGCUAAUUCGAAUGUUGCAAAAAGACUAGAGUUUAUACAGACUGAGAUUGGUCGUUGUGAAAACAAUCUAAAGGCUAAGCAACAGGAACAAGAGAAACUAAGAGCCGAAUUGAUCAAACUUCGCGGUGCUCAAUAG